ACCAAGUUCCAGGCAGGAGGGGGGGCCGGAAGUACCAAGCUGCGAUACGCUGAAUGCCCCUCUCCAAGUCCAGGGUUCGGGAAGACUCUGAGUCAGAUCGGUGACGUCAAGGAUAGAGCUGUGACGUCAGAGCCUCGCCUGUCAAGAUGGCGGAGAAUAUCUUUGUGUUCGUGCCCAACCUGAUUGGUUAUGCGCGGAUCCUUUUUGCAUUCAUCGCUUUUUAUUUCAUGCCCGAUUCCCCUCUCGUGGCCUCUACAUUUUACCUUCUCAGUGGCUUGCUGGAUGCUUUCGAUGGAUAUGCUGCCCGAGCCCUCAACCAGGGUACCAAGUUCGGAGCGAUGUUGGACAUGCUGACUGAUCGCUGUGCCACCAUGUGUCUGCUGGUUAACCUGUCCCUCCUGUAUCCAUCGUACACUGUACUAUUCCAGCUCAGUAUGAGCCUGGACAUUUCCAGCCACUGGCUGCAUCUUCACAGCUCCAUCCUAAAAGGCAGUGACAGUCACAAGACCAUCGACCUGUCCGGCAACCCUAUUCUUCGUCUGUAUUACACCUCCAGGCCUGUCCUGUUCCUGAUGUGUGCUGGCAAUGAGCUGUUUUACUGUAUGCUGUACUUACUGCACUUUACCGAGGGACCCGCAGUCAUCCUGGGGCCUCUCGGGAUUGUCGGCAUCUUCCGGUUAAUCCUCUGGAUAUCCAUCCCGGUAUCCAUGGUUAAAUCUCUCAUCAGUCUCCUCCACCUGGUAACCGCCUCCUGUAACAUGGCUUCCCUUGACUGUGCUGAGCGCUCCAAGAAGAAGUGAAACCUGGUUUGAGACUGCAGCUUCCAAGCCAGACCGAUUAAAUCCUAAAGUAUCCCAUGUUCUGCUGCUAAGUGUUAAUUCUGUGUAUUCCGAGCAGUAUAUCUGGUUAUCGCCACUGCCCAGGAGCUGGUCAGCCGCGCCACCUGGUAGUGAGAAAUAAAACCACCUGUUGGGGCUGGGUGGUAUAUUGGGGGUUAAUGCUUGGUUAUAAUUUAUUAUCAGGCUGGUAUAGAAGCUUUUGGGGCAAAAGGGGUUAAAUAUCUUUACUGUGACUGUACCCUCCGUGUGGAAACAAGGGAUAUGUCCUUCUAUAAUGCAAUACAUCACAGAGCAGAUCGAUAUCCAUGUACAUCCCCAGUAUCGAUGGAAAUGACCGAUGUCUGGGUAGCACUGAAUUCACGUUUCUGGAAACAAACUUUUAAGAUAAAAUCUGGGUUUGUUUUUGGUUUUCUUCUUUCAAUAUCACUGAAUUUAAUUGUUAUUUAUGUAAUUUGUGUAGGUGUUUUAAGUCUCCAUUUUUGUAUUGUAAUCUUGAUGUAGUUCGUUCAUUACGUGGGGACCAAUUUAUGUUGUUGUUGUUAUAAACUUUAUUUACAGAAAACCUCUAUGUCCUGCUGUGUACCCAGAAUCCUUUGCCACUGCAUUGAUGUAGGUGUUGGCAGCCACUGUAUGUUUAACCCCUUAAGGACCAAACUUCUGGAAUAAAAGGGAAUCAUGACAUGUCACACAUGUCAUGUGUCCUUAAGGGGUUAAGGGUGAGCAAGAAAGGGCCGAUAGCAGCUAUGUGUUUUAUUAUUUCCCAAAAGCAGGUUGGAAUUUUACCUUUAUCUACAGUAGCUCCUGUUCUAAUUUUCAGGGAGAAAAGUGAUUGACAGCAAGAGGACCAGAAUUGGCUGCGAUACCUCAGCCGCUUCCUGUCCCUGCAGACAUUGCUGUAGGAGGAGAUCCUGGGGGUCUUGCUCCAAUUCAAGGGUCAUUUCAAGAGAUUUUUUCCUUUUUAAUAUAAAAAACACAAUAUAUAUAUAUAUAUAAUUUUUUUCCCAAUUAAUUAUCUUCAUAAAAGCAUUAAAAACAUGCGGGACAACUACUAGCGGAAGCUACUUUAACUGAAAUAAAAACACAAUUUGUGUAAAAGAUACUCGAGGGGGGGUGUUAUUUAUCAAACUGUGAAUUGAAACCUAGAUGACAAACUUUAGAGCUGAUUUAGAAGAAAACCAAAAUCACUUAAAACGUUGCUGUAAUUCAGAAUAAUCCCCUAGUUUCCCUGCUGCUGUGUACACAGAACAUUGUGUUAGGGAUAUCCGAGAGCUGUGUUAACCCACACACGGUCACAUUUUCAGCCUCUGAAUGUGGUUGUCCUAUCAGUUCUUUCUUAUUUUUUCUAGAAUUCAAAUAAAUCAGGGAUAGCGUAACUAAUAGCACAAACAGCUGCAGAAGUGUUAACUUAUUACCACUAUAUGGUCCAUCAGACCUGUUUAAAAUCCACAUUGGGCAUUUAACGGUUAAGACAAACGGCAUAAUAGGUUCUAUGGUAAAUCAUGUACAUGAAUGGUUUUAUUCACUGUAUCACUCGCUUCCUCUGUGUUUCCCAUAUUUAUGAUAAAAUGUAAUAAAUAUCCAAUGAUAUCCAA